GUCCUUGAGCUCACGGAUUCGUUGCACGAUUUCGCUCCGCGAGACCGUUUCUCGGCUGUCCUCCUCCUCUUCAUCCAGAGUCAUAGCUACAUCGCUGUCCGGAACUGCGUUUUGGAGAUACGCAAGGUCGGCAUCAUCACCAAAAAUCAAGUCGUUCUUGUAGACUUGUGCGAAAGCAUUCGUCUGCGGAUUGUUGGCUGGAACAACUGGUCAGAAAUUGUCAGAGGAAGCACAGCAGCACGAAUUACCCAAUUCAGUUACGUCACCCCGGACGAUGACUGGCUCAUUACCCAACCCUCUUCUCAUCUUGCGAGCUCUCAGAUCGUCAUCCUCGUCUUCACUGUCGCUGUCAUCGACACCCAGACGGUUCCUCCGUUUCUUCUUCCUCAACUCUCCUUGUACAGCAGCUUGAUGGAGCUUCUCAAUCUCCAGAUCGUCUUCGUGGAUCUGCUCCUGGUACUUUUCCAUCACCAGAUUUUCGGACACCUUCACCUCUCCGUCAUCCACGAGCGUCUCAAGAGUCUGGUCCAAAUCCUCGUUGUUCUCAUCUUCCUCCGGAUCAUCGGAUUUACGGCCGAACCCAAAUGCAGCAGCCAUCUCAUCCUCAUCGGACUC